AUGAUUUUAUCACAGCCAUUCACCCAUCUGCAUCAUCAUCCUUCUCAAAUUUCAAUUCAUCGAUUCACUCUCGCAAAUUUAUUCAAAUCUAUUUUAGAAUCUCCAAGUGAUGUUCAUGGAUUGUUAUUGGGGCCUAGGUCAUUCGAUCUUUCCAUCUCUGGAUCGACAUGGCCAAUCACAAAUUUUAUUAUUUUUCCUUCCGUGACGGAUGCAGUGGAGGAACUCUCUGCAAAUAUUAAAAUUGAUGAAUCUAAAUAUACAAUCAUUGGAUAUUUCAAGUAUAGAUAUAACACUAGUUUAAAUAGUAUUACAUUGAAUGAAAUGAAUAUACUUUAUUAUAUUUUAAAUAAUAUUGUUCAAAGAGUCGAUGUUGGAAUGAUCUUUGCAUUAUUUACAGAAAGAAUGAUUUCUAAUCAAUCCAUGUUGUUAUUAAAUUCUGAGAAUAUUGACACUGAUCACAUGUCAACAAAUACUACCAUUGAACAUUGUUAUGUUUUUAGAACUGUAAAUUAUUGUAAAACAUUUGAAGAAUUACAAUCCAAUUUAUUACCAAUAGUAUUAUCAAAUCCUAUUCAUGUAAAAAUUGAGAAUUUAAUAAGUACAUCAUCCUCUACUCAAAAUUUGAAAUACAAGUCACUCACUAGUAGUAGUAGUAAUAGUGGUAAUAAUAAUAGCACUAAUAAUACUACUUCUACUUUUAUUUCUACGUCUACUACUACUACUCCUACAGUUAUUACUUCUACUACGACUCGAGAAGAGACUCAUACCAUGUUGGGGGAUACUGUUGUACAUCAUGAUGAAGAAAACAAACCUACCACGACGCCCCCAGAAACAUCAUCUUUUACACUCGUCAUGAAUCAAGUGAAGGAUGAUGAAACAAAGAAGAGUGUUAUUCUUGCCUCUCAAACAAGUGUUCAACAAUUAGAGAAAUAUUUUUCACAAUCAUUGGAUGAGUUGAAACAAUUGACAGAGCAAGUUCAACAAUCUCGAUUCAAGUUAUUGCAAUUAAAAGAGAAGAAAGAGAUCAAAUCAGAUGAAUUGAACACCAUUUUAUAA